AUGGGGACGUUUCCCAAGUUGCCUCCGGGCACCCAGCUACAAGUGGGCACCCAUUUGGCCACGGUUGUUGACUAUCUCGGCGAAGGCGGCUUCGCCCAUAUCUACCAAGUCCUGAUCGACCCGCAGGAGGACGACACCAGCGUCGCCUGCUUGAAGCGUGUCAUCGUCCCCGACAAGCCCGGCCUCAUGAAUUUGCGCAAGGAGGUCGAGGUGAUGAAGACGUUGCGCCACGCCCGCCACAUCGUCAAGUACUACGACAGCCACGCCGAGCGCCUCGAAAACGGCACCUACCAGGUGUUGGUGCUCAUGGAAUUGUGUCCCAACAAGCUGUUGCUCGACUACAUGAACCAUAAGAUCAAGACCAAGCUCACUGAACCGGAGAUAUUGGCCAUCAUGCGCGACAUCGGCGUCGCCGUCUACGAAAUGCACCGCCUCAAAUUGAUCCACCGUGACAUCAAGAUCGAAAACGUGUUGAUCGACCGCCACCACCGGUUCAAAUUGUGCGAUUUCGGCCUGACAUCGGCGCCAAUCAUGCCUCCGAAAGACCAGCAGCAGUUCCAAAUGUUGCUGCACGACAUCCUAUAUCACACCACCCCUCAGUACCGUGCCCCGGAAAUGAUUGACUUAUACCGUGGCAUCCCCAUAGACGACAGGGUCGAUAUCUGGGCCCUCGGGUGCUUCCUCUACAAGUUGUGUUACUACACGACGCCGUUCGAGGCCCUGGGCGAUAUCGCCAUAUUGCAUGCUUCAUUCCAGUUUUUGCAAACCCCCCAGUUCUCGGGCGACCUCAAAAACCUCAUCAUCAUCAUGCUUCAGGAGAACCCUCUCUUCCGACCAAACAUUGUUCAAGUGUUGCAGCUUGUCGCCAAGAUGAGCCGUAUCGACUUCAACGAGAUGGGGAUCGAGGACUUCUACCACUCGGGGCCGUACAACUUCCAGGCUCUCGCCGAUUACCAGCGUCACAAGCAGCAGGAGUUGUUGAAGCAACAACAAAUGUACUUCCAUCAGCAGGCUUUGGCUCAAGCCGGAGGUGCUCAAGCAGCUGCCCCAGCAGCAAACCUGUUCUUGUCUCCUCCCACCGUCGGCGGCGUUCUGAAGGUACAGGAUCAGGUGGCUCUGGCACAGCACACUCCCGCCCACCCGGCGUCUUACAUCCUGGCGACGCACACCCCUCUGGCUCCGGGGCCCGUCCACCCUCAUCAUGCCCCGGCCCCUCACCAGCUUGCCGUGCCUGGUGGUGCUCAAGGGCUGUCAUCGAGACCUGUUAGUCGAGUGCUGACUGGUGCCGGCUUCUCUAGCUCUCACACCGGCACCCUGCGAAGUAAAGAUGAGAAGCUGUACGAAGAAAUAGAGGUCAUCGACGUACCUGAUAACGAACUGCUGGCAGGUCUCUCCGACAAAGAGCUCAUGGAAAACGUUGAGGAACGCUACCCGUCCCUUGAAAACAUCAUGGACACCGUAGGCGCUGCUGCCGUCAGCCGACGCAAGAACCUGGCCCCGAAAAUCUCUCGGCUGGCCCUGCGCAACCUGCGGACUCUGCUGCAGUCAAGACCUCAGUCACGACCGCUGCUGGUGGUCCAGGAUUCUAACAGUCGCAAGUCGCUGACCGGAGAUAAACGGGCUCCUGGUGAGUACAGCCACAAGGAGGCUUGGGAACGCUCUCAUCAGAACAGCUUGAAUGACGAGGCCGAAAAGCUUGCUAACGAUAUCUUCGGUGCCCCGGUGACUCAGGUAACCUCGAAUCCGAUGCUGGAACUCACCGCCACGUCACCUCGAGAGCUUCCCCAGGACACCGAGGAAAUCAUCGACGAUGACCUCGAUUUCACCAUGACCUAUCCUGACGCCCCUCACUUUGAUCAAGCAAUUGCCAACGCGUUGCAAAAGUCACCGCAAAUGUUGGCGUCAACACCUCAAGUGGCAAUGAGUAGAAUCAAGCUGAACCCACAGGAUGUUGUUCAAAGCAUGAUGAACCUUUCUAUGCAAGACGACGUAAAUCUCAUUGACUUCGAUAACCCCAGGCGCAGUGAGCAAUCGUCCGAUUUGCAAUUCAUGGACUUGGAAGUUUCAAAGAGUCGAGGAGACUCUGCUAUGAAAGUGAAACUGAAGAGGUUGUCGCUGAUACCAGACUUUGACGGUGGAGUACAGGAGGAGGUGGUGGAUUUCGCCAGUGAUGAUGAAAAUCCAGCUAAUAACUCGCAAAUGAACCGGAUGAACAUCCGUAGAUCGCUCAAACACUCGCGGCGCCUGGGGGAAUAUAAACGCAGUGACAGUGGUGCUGAGAAGCUGAAGCGAAGACUGUUUUUCGGAACUUGA